ACCGUCCCCACGGGCCAUGGAGCUGGCGAGCUCACGGCUGCCGAUCUCACAGCUUCUGCUCGCUAUAAGCCUCUCCACGACAGACUCCUCUUGGGUUCCUCCGCUACCAACGCGAACCGCCGUGGUCUCGCAUCGCCGCUGCGCCGCGCCGGCAGCGGCCGACAGCGGCAACAUCUCCUCCGCGCCUCGUGGUGGCCUCCGGGGCCUCGGCGGCGCGUUGCGCGGUGCGGCGCGCAGUCGCAGCGGCGCCACCUCCGGCCGAGGCGGCCGGAUAGCGGUCGCCGGCGGGCUGCUCGCCGCGCUCGGGCUCGGCGGCGGCGCCGUCGCCGCCCGCCGGGCCUCACGUCCGCUGCCGGUGGUGCUGGUGCACGGCAUCCUCGACUGCUCGGAGAACAUGUACCAGGUCGAGGCGUGGGUGCGCGCCUCGCUAGGCCGCGGCGGCCACGUCCUCAACGUCGAGAUUGGCAACGGCGUCGUCGACUCGAUAGCGCGGCCGAUGGACUGGCAGCUGCAGGAGCUGGCGGCGGCGAUCCGGGCCGACCCGGCGCUGGCGGAGGGGUUCAACAUGAUUGGGUACUCGCAGGGCGCGCUCCUCGCUCGCGGCUACGUGCAGCGGUACAACUUGCCGCGCGUCUCGACGCUCGUCAGCUGGGUGGGGCCGCAGGCGGGCCAGUUCGGUGUGCCUGCGUGGGACGAGAUGAUCGGCCACAUCAACAAGAUCACCUCCGCGAUGUGGUAUACGCCCGCCAUCCAGGAGCGAGCCCCUCCCGUGCUCGUCUCCUCCACCAUCGACUCGAUCAUCGUCCCGCGCGAGUCGCAGUGGUUUGGCUUCUUCGCGCCAAACUCGACCUCGCGCAUCGUGCCGCUCCGCCGCUCGCCGCUCUGGACCGAGGACUGGAUCGGACUGCGGCGGCUCGACGCGGCGCGCAGGCUCCACUUUGCGUCGUGCGCGUGCCACCACCGAGAGGCGUGGGACCGUUUCACCAGCAGCCACUUGCAGCGCCGCCGGCCCGCUCGCCGCCGUCAAGUGCUGGCUGGGCGGCGCGACCGGAGGCGCGUCGGGCGUCGGCGAUGA